AUAUUUCUUCAUGGCACGAAAUGUUUUUGUAGUCUAACUCAGUCUAUGCAAAAAUUGACAUUGGUAUGCCUACGAAUGCAUUGGAAGCCGUCUACCCUGUAGAUUAAGAGCAUGGUGAAUAAAAUAUAAAUAAAAGAGAAGCCCUGUAAACAUGCAUCCCUAAGAACUGCAUUUACAUCUAACUUGCAUACAGGUUCUGCUGAACAGGAGCGCGCUUGUCCCGGGUUCUCAGUGACUGGUGUUGUAUUACAGAUUCUGAGUUAAGCUCUAGAUAACUGCACGCUGCAUGUGAAGGGUGUUUAUUUUAUAUUAAACAAAUCUCUUAUUAAAAGAGAACAGACGCUGUCUAGGACUUAUCAUUUACUCUGCUGGAAAAGGAUGGUGGGUCCAGCUCUCAGAAGAUUGAGGAUCAUGCAUCCAAAGCUCAUGAUUUUUGUCCUACUCCUGGCCCUGGACCUGGAUCUUGGUCACACAGGCACAGCAAAUACAUUCAAUACAUGUCCAUCUAACUGCAGUAAUGACAGUUUGAACAAUUUCCGCUUGAAACUCACAGACCUACAACUGAGGAACAAUACACUGGGUAAUUGGGUAAACAGUUUAUCGGUGAAUUCUUCACUUCAGAAUUCACUGUUUUCAUCUGUAACAAAUCUGACAUACUGUCCCAUCCAAAAAAUGAUCAGAUCUCAGUUAAAUACACUGACUGGCAAUCAGUCCAAUACAGCCAAAGUGGAUGUGAUUUUCAGGAGGAACUGCACUGAAAACUUCACUUUAUUAAGUUUUAACCUCAGUGAUCCCAAUUCCCUCAAAAUAAUGAACCUAGACAGCUUUGCUGUGAGCAGCUGCACAUGCAAUGAAAGCACAUCAGUCUGUUCCACCACUGCGGCAUUGCAGAGCACAACUCCUGCUAAUGCAGCAUCUGCUACAACAUCGGCUACAACAUCGGCUACAACAUUGGCUAAAACAUCAGCUACAACAUCAGCUAAAACAUCUCCUACAACAUCAGCUACAACAUGGGCUACAACAUUGGCUAAAACAUCAGCUACAACAUCAGCUACAACAUCAGCUACAACAUCGGCUACAACAUUGGCUAAAACAUCAGCUACAACAUCGGCUACAACAUCAGCUACAACAUCAGCUACAACAUCGGCUACAACAUCAGCUACAACAUCGGCUACAACAUCGGCUACAACAUCUCCUACAACAUCAGCUACAACAUCAGCUACAACAUCAGCUACAACAUCGGCUACAACAUCGGCUACAACAUUGGCUAAAACAUCAGCUACAACAUCAGCUACAACAUCUCCUACAACAUCAGCUACAACAUCAGCUACAACAUCGGCUACAACAUCAGCUACAACAUCGGCUACAACAUCGGCUACAACAUCGGCUACAACAUUGGCUAAAACAUCAGCUACAACAUCGGCUACAACAUCGGCUACAACAUCGGCUACAACAUCGGCCACAACAUCAGCUACAACAUCGUCUACAACAUCUCCUACAACAUCUCCUACAACAUCUCCUACAACAUCUCCUACAACAUCAGCUACAACAUUAGCUACAACAUCAGCUACAACAUCUCCUACAACAUCAGCUACAACAUCGGCUACAACAUCGGCUACAACAUCUCCUACAACAUCUCCUACAACAUUAGCUACAACAUCUCCUACAACAUCAGCUACAACAUUAGCUACAACAUCUCCUACAACAUCAGCUACAACAUCUCCUACAACAUCAGCUACAACAUCGGCUACAACAUCUCCUACAACAUCUCCUACAACAUUAGCUACAACAUCUCCUACAACAUCAGCUACAACAUCUCCUACAACAUCAGCUACAACAUCAGCUACAACAUCAGCUACAACAGGAUCAAGCACAGGACCUGCUGACAGGACAUCUAUUCACACCACCAAUAAUAUCUCCACUGUGAUAAGCACAGCCCCUACUACAACUUUAACAGCCCUGUCACAAACAUCAAGCACUGUGAAAACACCAGAGCAGAUCUCAGCAAAAACAACAGCAACCACCGCACAAACCACAAGUUCAACAGCCUCGUCACAAACAUCAAGCACUGUGAAAACACCAGAGCAGACCACAGCAGCAGGCAUCACACCUACUAGUUUAAAAAAUGCAACCGAAACUGCUAUGGCUGUGUCAGAGAUUACAGAAAAGCUCAAUAACAGUCCCAGCAUUAACCAGAGCGAGGCCAAAAAAAUCCUCAGAAACAUCACUGAUCUCAUGGGUCCAGUUACACCAGACCACACUAACAGUCAAGCCAGUGUGCAGAAGAAAAUUGUUGCAGCUAUAGAAUUACUGCUGCAAAAAGUCGAGAUCAAUGAGAGUGUGAUAAUGCACUCAGAUUCUUUAAUUGUGGCAGUGAAGAAAGUGAAUGGCACCAACUUUCAGAAGACCUCCUUUACCAUGACUGAUUCUUCCAACCUGCAGAUUGAUGGUGGUCCCACUGAUGGCUCCACCCCUCAGGCCAGUAUUAUGUUCCCUGACGCCCUCAUGGAGAAUCUGAAUGCUGAGCAGAGGCUACAGGCUUCCAGAAUACAAUUCUCUUACUAUCAAACUGAUGUUCUUUUUCAGGACACGUCUCUAAACUCGACAAAGGAGGUGAUCAGCGGAGUUCUGGGCUCCAGUGUGUCUAACCUGACCAUCUCCAAUCUGAGAGAGAAUAUAACAAUCACACUGAGGAACAAUAAACGUGUUUCGUUAAACAACACAGUAUCCUGUUCAUUUUGGGAUUUUCACUCAAACAAUGGAUCAGGGGGCUGGAGCGUUGAGGGCUGUACUGUGCUGAAUUGGACAGAGUAUGAGACGGUGUGCAGCUGUAACCAUCUUACAAACUUUGGUGUUCUGCUGGACAUUUCUAAUAAUUCAAUAACGAGUAAAGUGCACGUUGCCAUCCUCAACAGCUUCACCUACAUAGGCUGCUCCAUGUCCUCCAUCUUUCUAACCAUCACCUUGUUCAUGUAUCUGCGGAUUAAGAAACUACGUAAAGACAUCCCUAAUAAAAUCCUGAUCCAGCUGUGUCUGGCUCUGCUGUUCUUGAACCUGGUGUUCCUCCUGGACUCCUUUCUGGCUAAAGAGCUCAGUAAUGUUGGUCUCUGCAUCUCCACAGCCUUCUUUUUGUGCUACUUCCUACUGGCGUCUUUUACUUGGAUGUCCCUGGAAUCGUUGCACAUGUAUCUGAGCAUCGUCAAAGUUUUCAACAACUACAUCCCCCACUUCAUGAUCAAGAUAACAGUUGUUGGAUGGGGCAUUCCUCUGGUCGUGGUCGCCCUUCCUACAGCUGUUUUUGAAAAUUCUUUUGGAUUAUCACACACAGUGUUGGAUGAUGAAUCUGUAGAGAACUUCUGCUGGUGGACAGACCAGGGUAGCAUCCGCACUGUGGUGGUGGUAUAUUUCUGUGUUACGUAUGCGCUGAACUUCACCAUGUUUAUAGUGGUGAUGGUGCUUCUGUGUCGUAUUAAGAGGAGUAAUCCACACUGUGAACGCGGCAGGACCUCGCUGCAGGACGUCUGGAGCGUGACGGCUCUCGCUGUUCUGCUGGGUCUCACCUGGGCCUUUGGUUUGUUUUUUGUCUGGAAAUCUGUUCAUUUGGUCUCCAUGUACCUGUUUACCAUCUGCAAUUCACUGCAAGGUUUUUUCAUCUUUGUGUUCCGCUGUGCAACAAAGGAAGAAUUUAAAAGGAUGUGGAGGAAGUACAUCUGCUGUGGAAAGUUGGGGAAGGUCCCAGGAGGACUAUUGAGUGGGGUUACCUCAGUCUUAUCACAUAAAUCUUUCUCAACCUCCCUGGACAUGGAGUCCAGCUCAAAAUCUCAAAGCACCGUCAAUUUCAGUGAAACAACUAAUGAUCCUACGCCAGACACGGAAACGAAACUUCCUGAAAAACUUCCGUAAUAAGACAUGAAACAUGACAUACAGGAUUAUGUGUUUAUGAGAAACAGUCAAAAUCAAAAUUAGAAAUGUUUUUACAGUAACAGUAAAAAUAAUAUUUAUGUGUAAAUAAUAUGAUUUUGUAGCAGUUUAAUAAUAACCGCAGAUUUUGUGGAUUUUUGCUAUUUAUUUAAAUGUGAGAAAUGUCAGUACAGCACUGUUCAACAAAAACUACAGGAAUAUAUAUAUCUAUUUUUCUGCAUCAGAAACGUUUUUGAAAAGUUUUGACAUGAGCCACAGUGGGUAGUCUAAAUAGGUUUGUUCACCUCUAUUGUACAGAAGUAGUUUUGAGGUACGAAUGUUGGCUAACACUUUACAUUAAGUGUUGACUAACUAACAUGAAUUAAUGCAUUAGUUAUCAUGAACAAGACAUGAGGUAAUACAUUAUUAACAAUGCUUGGAUAAUGUUAGUUAAACACGGAACUACAGCAUUAGUUAAUGUUAUUUUCACACUAAUUAACUUUAGAAGUAAAGCAUUUGUUAAGAUGAACAAUAAAUAAAUAAAUCAUACACUUCAUUAAUAAUGUUAAUAAAUAAUGUCAGGUAAACAAGUAACAACUGAUCUUAUUGUCAUUUGCUUAUAUACUGCAGUUAUGCAUACAGUCAUUGUUAAAUAUUUAUUAAUUAAAUAUUAGUUAUAAAUAUAUUUGGCUGUGAUAACACUUAUGCAGUGGUAGCCAGUUACUUCUUUUAUUUACUAAUGUCCGUUAACUAAUAUAAUAUUAUAUUUUUUACAUUUUUACUUCUAUUGGAAAUACAUCUUUACAUGGAUUAGAAUUAUUUUAAUUUCACUUUACAUGAAGUAUAUUUAUUUUUCUAAACAGAGCUGUCUGUAUAAGUGCUUAGUAAUGUUUAACAGAUGUUAAUAAUGCUUAAGAAAAAGGCUUAGAAAGGUUAAUCAUGGUUUAUAUUUACAAUUUGUUGAAGUUGAAUUCCAACAAAAAUGUCAGCGCACACUAACAUAUAUAUAGAAUAUAUAGAAGCAUAAGCAGCAUCCAGACUAAUAUUUACAUAAUAACUAUUUAACGAUUACCGUAUGCAUAACUGCAAUACACAAGCAAAUGACUAACAGUUAACAGUUUUGAAUCAAUGCAGCAGCAUUAGCUUAGCACAGGCUAGCGCCCAGCCACGGCACACUCGCCCGCAGCGCUGGCUCAUCUUUUGUGGAAAAAAGACAAAGAAAAUCAACGGCCAAUCCGGUCUGACCCUAACCCUAACCCAGAACGCUAACCAGCCAGGCUAGGCUAGGCUAAGCUAAGCUAAGCUAAUGCUGAGCUAAAGCAAGCUACGCUAACCUAACCACAGUCCAGCCGGCUAGAUAAUCAAUAACACCCAGUAAAACAAGCAGAAAUGCUUAAAAAAUGCACAGCUUUCACCUGAAGAUGACUCCACAGAGCAGGAGAGGAGAGGAUUAGCGUUAUUUCAUGAUUCUAACGUUACCAUCUUCACUUAUUCCCAAUUUAGAUUUUACAUUCUGUAUAAACUAUUCGCGUUUCAUAGUUAAAUUACAGUUCUGUUACCGUUGUUGUAGAACUACUUUUUUGCGGAAGGAACUUCAAUUUAUUUUCUUUAUUCGUUUUGUAAAAAAACACUUGAGGUUGUGUUUUAUCACGACCAAAUCACAGCCGUGAUGUUAUUCGUGAUAACACACUCCCUCUCGUGUUCUAUUGCUUCAAUAAAGUAUAUGAUUUAUUUUUCACCUUUAAAAACGAUUCUCUUGUAAAAGUAAAAUGUAAAAGUAACAUUAUUUAAUGCCGAUCUACCAUGUUUAAUUAACAUUUCCUAAGCAUUGUUAAUUAUGUAUUACCUCAGUAUGUCUUAUUCAUGGUAACUAAUGCAUUAAUUCAAGUUAGUUAGUCAACACUUAAUGUAAAGUGUUACCGAGUGUUGUAAAUAAAUUAUUUGUAAUAUUACUUUAUCCUUAAAAAACUUGAAAGUUUCACUCUACUGCAGGAAACUAAAGCCAGGGUUACGUUACACUAUUUUUGGCCUGAUUUUUUCAACUCACCUCUGAACAUAAUCAAAUGUAUACUAAUCCAGUGUAUUCUGGUCAGGAACUCAGUAGCCAGUAAAAUCUGUCAAUGAAAUAUUUGGACACUGAUUUUUCUUUCUCUUCCUGCCGUAUUAUAUUUACAUUUCAAGCUCAAUUAUGUUUAAACCUUUUUUUGCUAACAUUGUACAAAGCCUUUUAUUUGACAGCUUAUUUAAAUUUUAUUUUCCACCUUAACCCUUUCAGUCCUGACAUCUGUUACUGCAGCACAAUUUAAGCCGUUUUCACCUUUUUUUUUUAAAUUUUCAAUCAGAGCUAAUGGUGUCACAAACAAUGAUAGCUGCAAGCUGUUAGGCUUUAAUAUGAGGCAAAACCAAAAUCUGUCACAACAGACUGAUGAAUAAACUUACACUGGAGUUAUUUCUCUCCUAUAUUUAAAUUUUAGCCCAUUUUAGCCAUGAUAAUUUCCCAGUAGCUUGAAUUCCAUUGAAUUAUUUAUUUCAUAAAUAAUUUCCUCCAUCACUGGAUAAACACGCACAUGCAUCCUCUAAAUCUAAACCAUCAAGAAGCCUGACAACUGCAUCCAUUCAAACUUUCACAAAUGCAGCACUGUGGGGCAGCUAACAGACACCCACACUGACCCAUUGUUUUCUUCUAGAACACAGCACACCGUUUGUUCAAUUGAUUUAAUGUUUGAUAUGAAACAUUCUGUAGUUAUCUUGUAUCCAUACACUUGUAAACAUCAAUAUACAUUCACAUCUCCCUGUACAGAUUUCACCUACACAUAACAUGUAUUUUUAUUUGUAAUUUGUGAUUUGUGAGUAUUUUGUUGAUGUACUAUAAUAUUUUGUGUAUUGAUUCUGUUGAUUACAACUAUAUAAAUAAACUAGUGGUGUCAGUCAAUUAAAAAUGUAAUCAGAUUUAUCACGACUGUGAUAUUCUGUGAUAACCAUUGUUCUAGUUAUGACUGGUUUUUA